CGUCCGAAUGCUGAUACCCUCGGAUGUCGCAUCGUGUGAAGCAUAUCUACGCGUUCAGCUCGGAACCAAGGCCUUGGAUGGUUUAUUCCAGGGCAUGCAUGGUCAUUCUCAAAUUUCCAGACCACUACCUCAGCAGCGCCCGGGGCGCUUCAAGAAACUCAGGCUCGCUGUGACAAGGCGCUCUCUUCCUCCUCCUGCGCAUGCACCCACAUUAACAUCGCCUACCGCGCUACCACCUGUCGCUGCUCCUGUUAAUACGAAAAGAGUUGAUCAACGGCCAAUAACUAAGGUCGUCUGAGACUAGUGUCAUACUGUUAGAGGAUGGAUGUGAGGGAGCGGGGAACUUGGUGGACAUACGACGAUGAUAUUUGUGCUGGAUAUACCACCAC